CCGGCGCAUCCGGUCACGUGGCCGCGCGCGGGGGUUGCGUUUCCCGGCCCGGCGGGUGCGGAAGAAGCGGCCGCCUGUGCGGAGGCGACGAUGCGCGUCAAGGUGCUGAGCCGCAACCCCGACGACUACGUCCGUGAGACGAAGCUGGACCUGCAGCGCGUUCCAAGAAACUAUGACCCGACAUUGCAUCCAUUUGAGGUUCCACGAGAGUACACAAGAGCUCUUAAUGCAACAAAGCUAGAACGUGUGUUUGCAAAACCCUUUCUUACCUCACUUGAUGGACACAGAGAUGGAGUUAAUUGUAUGGCCAAACAUCCAAAGAGUUUGUCUACAGUGCUGUCUGGAGCUUGUGAUGGAGAGGUUAAAAUUUGGAACUUGACCAAGCGACAGUGUGUUCGUACUAUACAAGCCCAUGAAGGCUUUGUUCGAGGCAUGUGUGCUCGUUUCUGUGGUACAUCAUUCUUUACUGUUGGUGAUGACAAAACUGUGAAGCAGUGGAAAAUGGAGAGCCCAGAAUAUGGAGAAGAAGAACCUAUUCAUACAAUUAUUGGAAAGACAGUGUAUACAGGAAUUGAUCACCACUGGAAGGAAGCUGUUUUUGCCACCUGUGGCCAUCAAGUGGACAUUUGGGAUGAGCAAAGGACAAGUCCCAUGUGUUCUCUGACAUGGGGUUUUGAUAGCAUAAGCAGUGUAAAAUUUAAUCCCAUUGAGACAUACCUUUUGGGAAGCUGUGCUUCUGACAGAAAUAUUGUGCUGUAUGAUAUCAGAAAAUCAACUCCAUUAAAGAAGGUUAUCUUGAACAUGAGAACAAAUACACUGUGUUGGAACCCCAUGGAAGCUUUCAUUUUUACUGCAGCAAAUGAAGAUUACAACUUAUAUACUUUUGAUAUGCGCUUUCUUGAAUCACCUGUGAUGGUGCAUAUGGAUCACGUGUCUGCUGUUCUUGAUGUGGAUUACUCACCCACUGGGAAAGAAUUUGUCUCUGCCAGCUUUGAUAAGUCUGUCCGCAUUUUUCCUGUAGACAAAGGUCACAGCAGGGAGGUGUAUCAUACAAAACGAAUGCAGCAUGUCAUCACUGUAAAAUGGACUUCAGAUAACAAAUAUAUUUUGUGUGGCUCAGAUGAGAUGAAUAUUCGUCUGUGGAAAGCUAAUGCUUCUGAAAAACUGGGAGUGCUUGCACCACGUGAGAAGGCAGCUAUGAAUUACAAUCAGAAGCUGAAGGAGAAGUUCCGGUAUCACCCACAGAUCAGACGGAUCGCUCAACACCGUCACUUGCCUAAAAGUAUAUUUUGCCAAAUCAAAGAGCAGCGUAUCAUGAGAGAGGCUCGUCGGCGAAAGGAACUGAAUCGUCGUAAGCACAGCAAACCAGGAUCUGUGCCGCUUGUGUCAGAGAGGAAGAAACAUAUUGUAGCAGUAGUGAAAUAAUUGUUUUCACAUGUAGAAAAUGUCACAAUAAAAGAAAAUGUCACAAUUGAAUUGAAUCCACUGUACAAAAUUUGAUGGAUGCUGGUAAGACAGCAUAUGGCUCCAGAAAUGUGGCUUUUAUUUUGAGUAUAUGCAUACUCUGAUUUCUCAAGUCGUCUGCUUUGGGCAGUUGUAAGAAUUGGCCCUGUAAUCCUUUAUUGCCAUUUGCCUGUCUAUUACUGGCCCAAUGCUGUGUGUUGCGGUGGAGUUUGACCCUUUUGAUGGAAAGUGGAAGAUAUCUGUAAUUCCAGUCCUAUUCCUUGGUACCACUACUACAAAAUAAGGAUGAAUUAGAUUCAGAUUUGUCAAAGGCAAAAAAACUUGGUUCUGUGUAGACUUAUAAAAUCAGUUGUCCUUAUGCUGGUUUUCUUGGGUUUUGGCUUUUUGGUGUUUUUUUUAAAUAAACAAAUCUAAUAAAGUAAACAAGUGACCUUAAGGCAAUGGACUCUAGAUCUUGAUUAUUCCAACUGACAAAUAUACUGCAUUAUACUUAUUACAGUACAAUAUAUUAUUUUUCUUUUAUCCAAAAGGAAUUCAACAGGAUUCUUGGACAUCUGUAAACAUAUUUAGUUUUGUUCUGUUGCCUUAACUAUUUUUAUAUGACUUGACAAAACUUCAGACUGUUGAAGUUGCUAAUUUUAAUGACAUAGUUAAGCUAAAGAAAAAAUAUACUUAUUUAAAACUUCUAAAAUCUGGAUGCAAAAUGACGUAAACUGUAUGAGCCAGAGAAACUUCUUUACAUGAGACUUAUAAGGCUUCUAUUUUAAGUUUAUGUAAGACGAAUAAAAGCUUCACUUUUCACAAGGUA